GAAGGAGGUAUUGAGACACGCGGCAAAUUCCCGGAUUUACAUGGCUGAUGGCACCUUCUUUCUUUACCAUUUCCUCCUCCUUCUUCCCUUCACCUUCUUCCCCCAUUCCCAUUCCUUUCCCUUCCCUUACCUUCUACUCUUUUCUUCUCUCUCCAACCCUUUCCUUCCUCCCUCAUUAACACCCUCUUCUUACUUCUAUCUUAAUGGCCGAUAUUCAACCCCCCGACCCCCAGAUCAACGGCGCCCCUCCCCCUCUCGUCGUCUCCUCUGAAACCGUUGGAUCCAAACGCCAGCGAAGGCCCAGCGUCCGAUUGGGGGAUAUCGGCGGCGACCAACCCUACGAUUCUUACCCCCGCCGCACCAAUAAACCCUGGAAGUUUUCCUUGGAAAAUCGUAAGGACUCCUCCGCUGCCACUGCCAAGAACUCCAAAACUCGCCCUUUGACCAACUUCAGCUCGGCCGACGCCGAAGAUAAAGAGAACAAUUUGGACACCGUUGCAAUUGGUAGUUGGAGAUUAAAAGAUUCCAAACGGAGAGGCUCCGCCGCCACCAAGAGGGCCAGAACUAAUUGGGCAUCCUCCAAGCACGACGAAGGCGGCGGAGGUGGGGAAGCAGAUGAUAAGUAUAGCGCCGGCGAAGAUGUGGAUGAGGGGUACCGGGAUUACGACAUUGAAAACUCGGAAAGUCCUCUAAAAGAGCAAAGUUCAAUGCAUUCGCUUGAGAAUUUGGCGAUGGAAGGUCAGGGGAAUGAUAGGGAGAUGCUUUAUCAGGGGAAUAGAAGAUCUAUAAGGUCUAGGGUUUCGGAGGGGAGAGACCACCAAGAGGGGCUCGAAUUUUCAGGGCCUUCAGAUACUGAUGCUAGGAAUUGGAAGUGCGGGACUAGCGGUGAUAGGAAUGGGAAUGGUGGGAGAGGGCUGUGUGGGGAAGAUGGGGUUAGAGUUUGGCUCAACGGCUUAGGGUUAGGUCGGUAUGCUCCAAUUUUUGAAAUUCACGAGGUGGACGAUGAGGUUUUGCCAAUGUUGACACUCGAGGAUCUCAAGGAUAUGGGAAUAAGUGCAGUUGGGUCGCGGAGAAAAAUGUACUGCGCAAUACAGAAGUUAGGGAAAGGAUUUUCAUGAGUUCUGAUCUCAAGAAGAUGUAUCCAAAAUUUCAGCCAUGGCAAUUACAACUACAUUAGUCAUCUGACAAAGUUUUUCCACUCUGGGAACUGGAAGCUGAUGGUGUUAAUUGUGGUCUUAAAUGUGGUGGCUCUGCUCGUGGGUUUGUUUGCCAAGGAAUGCUAGCCCCCCAAGGUAGUCUCCAUUUCCCAGAGAUACGAAGAAAUUAGUUGAGCUACAAUCUAUACUUCAUUUUGAAGAUUCAGGCCAGUUUUUGGUUUGCUGAAGAUUGAAACCCACUCCUUUGGGAAGAUAGUUUCAUUUCCCAAAUACAAAUUGUUGUAGUAACUAGAUGUUUGUUUGAGUUGUUGAAUCUCUUCAGUAUUUUUUUGGUAUGUAAACGCUGUGCGCGUCUCCCUCCCUCAUUCCCCCCAAAUUAGUAGAGGAGAGGGAAUGUGGCACUCCCAAAUUAAUCGAUCCCCUAAUUCAGCAUUUUGUUGGGAACUGAAUUUGGCAUUCUGUUAAUACAACCGUGAUUUUCUAUCGUA